GAAGAACUUGAGUUUUACGCUUCACUGAUUUUACGAAAUACCUGUCGUCUACGUCUACAUCCACCUUCACCUGACACGGAUCGGCGCAGACUAGAUAAAGAUGCACUCUGUAAUGUCAGACAGGUCAUGGCAUAUGUUUUCGUAGGAAAUUUUAGAAACAGAUUAGAGUCUACGAAUUCGAAAUAGUGAUGGAAUGUGACGAAUUGCGCGAAUACAAACGGAAAGUUGUUUCCUUCAAAGACUUUGACAGGUUCAAGUUACUGGAGCGGAGAUAUGAUAAUAAUUCCCUCAACAUAUAUACAGCGAGGCUAAACAAUUUGAGAGAAGACACAUUGCAUAAAGCCAAACUGAAAUGGGUGGACCAUCCACAUAUAGAGAUCUCACGCCUGGUGGUGGAGGAUAGAGAAAAAUCUUAUAUUUUGAUCGGUGUGCUAUGCAAAGAUGAUUUGAAGGAAAAGUUGAAACUUUCAUUAUUACGCGAUAUAGACAAUGAGCCACAACAGGAAAUUCAGAUAAGUAAGGAUCAUACAUCCAACUACAUCAAGAUUUUUCUGGAAGAUGAAACUUCACGUGUCAGAUUAGUGGGAAAUCACAUGGAUGUGCAAGAAAUUAUCACAGGAGUUGUAUGCGCAGUAUUUGGACACGAAACGGACACUGGAGCUUUCUGGGUAGAGGAUUGGUGUUUUCCAGGAUAUUGUCCAAAACCUUGCACAUCCUUAGGCACAUCAAUAGAGGAUGGAAAAAUUCUGUUGGUGUCUGGCUUGGAUCUGGUGAAUAAUACAGACAACCUCAGCUUAGAUCUAUUUUCAGAGUGGAUAACUGGGAUGGCAGGAUGCACUAAUAUGCAAGAAGAAGAAGCAGCAAUCGUACAAGUGAUCAUUGCCGGGAACAGCAUUCGGAGUUCCGCGAAACUAUACAACUACAAAGGCUAUUACGAGACCAAAUUUAAUGAUCAACGUAAAAUCAAGGAAGAUUUAAUGGCGAUGCAGAAGCUGGAUUCUUUUCUCGCUAAGAUCCUUCACUGCUGUUGCGUCGUGCUGAUGCCGGGACAGUUCGACCCGACUUCCUAUUACAGCAUGCCCCAACAACCGUUUCACCCCUGCACCCUGCAGAAAUCGGCCAGGUUCAAGAGCAUGCACGGGGUGACUAAUCCCUGGAUCGGCGAUAUCGGCGGUCGAGUUGUAGCCGGCUCCUGCGGCGGACCGAUCAUAGAUAUCGUGAGGGUGGCCAAGUCGGACGAGUUGCGUCCGUUGAAUUGGAUGGAGCGUACCUUGACUUGGAGGCACUGCGCCCCAACUGGCCCCAACACGUUGCCGGUUUACCCGUUCUUCAAGAACGACCCAUUCGUCAUGACGGAAUGCCCGGACGUAUAUUUCGCCGGAAAUAUGGAUGCAUACGACUCGAAACUUGUCGAAGGUGACGAGGGGCAAAUGAUAAGAUUGAUUUGCGUACCCAGAUUCUCGGAAACAAAAACAGCGGUGCUAGUCAAUUUACAGGACCUGACGACGCAGUCUGUUUCAUUCGGCCUUGGAUGAAGUUGUUGCGUAUUUACCCAUUCCUAUAUUUGUACAUAAGGUAAUGUUAAAAUAAUUAUUUAUUAUAUAAGAUACCAUUUUGUGCAAUGGAGUAUUGGAUAAUGCGAUUAGUGCGUGAUCCCCACCCAAGGAGCAGAAAGUAUCGAUAAAAAAUUUAGAGAUUUCUCAAAUAUAUAAUUAAAUUUAUUAUCCGCGAAUAUAUAUAUAUAUAUAUAUAUAUAUAUAUAUAUAUAUAUAUAUUUAUUUAUUAUAAUAUAUAUUAUUGUGUAUAUAUAUAGUAAAUAUAUUUUAUUUGUUAUAAUUAUAUUUAU